AUUGACUACAGACACUCUAGAAAACAGGUUAGAUGCCGAGAUUUUAUUCAGUCUGGAGGAUAUGAUGGAGACCAAGACUACAGACAAUCUAGAGAAAAUGCUAGUGACAAAGACUUAAGACAGUCCGGAGAAAAUGCUAGAGAACCAGGCUACAGACAAUCCUGAAAACAUGUUAGAGACCAUGACUACAGACAAUCUGAAGAAUAUGAUGGAGGCUUAUACUAAAGAUACCCAUAUGAGGAAGAUGGCAGUGCAACCUUCCAGUCUGAAGUCUAUACAGGCUGCUGCAGAGGAGCUGAUCAAACAAACCAAUGAUCUGCAGGAUUAUUGUGUGAAAGGGAGAAAGAAGCAUUUAGCUGUCGUGCCGCCAUUAAUUCAUGAUUCUGAAGGCGAAAGUGAGGAAUAUAUUGAAGAUUCGGACAAUGAUUCAGACUAUAUUCCAUCUGAAGAUGGAAGUGAGUCAAACACCAGUGAAGUUAUUUCAGAAAUAGAAAUCCCUGAAGUGUCAUUGACUUCAGUGCAGGAAAACAGAGAUCAGAACAGUGACCAUGAAGAACCUCCUGAAAUGGUAGAACCUGAUACUGAAGAGCCAACGAAGCAUCAUCUGCGAUGGCUUUUUAGAAACAUUCGUAUUGAAACAUAUGAAGCAAAGGAUGGAAAGAGAAAUUAUAGCAGGACAGCAUACUGUUUGUACUGUAAGAACAAAUACAUAUCCAAAAUGUCAAGUCAUCUUUUGAGUGUUCAUACAGAUGAGACUCUUGUAAAACAAAUCAGAGACUUACCUUUGAGAAGCAUUGCUAGGAAAAUGGAACUCCAGAAACUUCAGAAAGAAGGCAACUAUCAGCAUAAUGCAGAGGUGCUAAAGAAGGGAGAGGGUUUAAUAGUUGUUUGUAGAAGACCUGGUAAAUUGCAAGGAGAUGCAAGUAACUAUGUCCCAUGUGAAUACUGUUUUGGGUAUUAUCAUGAGAAACAGAUAUGGAAUCAUUGUAAAGGAUGUUAUCACAGAGCAGUAGUGGUUGACUCCUCUGCAAAUUAUUUAAGAAACGGCAGAGCAAUGUUGUCUCCUUUCUUUAAAAGGGAAGAUAAAGACUAUGAUCAGCUAAAUGAACUGAUAAGUAAGAUGAAAGAAACAGAAAAACAUCCAGGAUUGAAAAAAGUGUGUUAUGAAGAUGAGCUCAUCAGAGAAUUCGGAAUACACUUGCUGGACAAACUGGGCAGUGAAGAGGAACAAAGACGAAAAGAUAAGGAUAACAUUAGAACAAAAAUGAGGUGUGUAGCUAGUCUGCUUAAUAAACUUAACACAAAGAAGUUACUUCCACAGCCUUUGAACAAUUUCAUAAGUGCUCAGGAGUUCAUAAAUGUGGUCAAUGCAGUCAAGGAACUGUCAAGGGAGAGAAACUCCCCCCAGUUUGCUGUAUGUGUAGGAGGGUACUUAAAACAUAUAUGUUUGUUGAAGAAAAGUCUAGGUCGUAGGCAAGAAGAUAGAAGGAAACGAGAGGAAGCACAAGCUUUUGAUGAAGAAUUUGCAGCCCAUUGGAAUUCUAAGGUCAGUGCAGUUGCCAAUCGAACAAAGCGAUUAAGGAGCCUGAAUAAGAAGCAGGACAUUCCAGCAACUGAAGACUUGGUGAAAUUGAAAGACUACCUUAUUAUGAGGAUCAAGCAAGGGGCAAGCAAUCUGAGGCCAACAUAUGCUGAAUAUGUGGAGAUGACACAAGUGGUUACUGCUAGAGUGGCUCUAUUUAAUAUGAGGAGGAUAGCAGAAGUUGAGGAGUUGAAAAUUGCUGAUUUUGACAUGAGAAUCAGUGGAAAUGAAGCAGGCAGUAAUAGAGAAAUUUUAGAGUCUCUGGAUGUCACUGAAAAGGCUUUAUUACAAAGGAUACAAUUAAUAGAAGUCAGAGGCAAAAGUACUAGGGGAGUCAGAAAGGUAUUCAUCCUUUUAACACCUGAUAUGGUUAAAGGCAUUGAGUAUCUUCUGCAAACAAGGGCAUAUGCUGGUGUCAAAUCAGACAACAAAUACGUAUUUGGAAGGACAUGUGCUACCCCUCAGGAUGGUUGUACAGCAAUGAGGGAGGUUGCAAAAGCUUGUCCUGGUCUUUCCAAUCCAAACUUGAUUAGGACAAGACUUCUUCGAAGAUACCUGGCUACAAGUACACAGAUCAUGGAUAUGUCUGGUGAUGAGUUGCGAAUGGUUGCCGACCAUAUGGGACAUUCUGUGCAGAUUCACACAGACAUCUAUAAGCUCCAGAGUUCUGUGUUGGAGAGGACAAAAGUAGCAAGGGCCUUGGUAGCCAUUGAAAAUGGAACCUUGUGCAACUUUAGAGGGCAUUCCCUGAGCAGCAUCAACAUUGAUGAAAUUCCAGAUCCUGUAGACCCUAUUGAAACUAUGGAGGAUAAAGAGACAGAUGAUUUCAAUGAAGGAGUGGAGGAUAUGGAUGUUGCUGGAGGAGUUUCAUCUGAAGCAAUUGUUGUGGAAAGGAAAGGGUUAAAACGUAAACGAUGGAGUAGCGAAGAGGAGAGGGAUUUGGAGAGAGCAUUCGGUGUUAAGAUGAAAAAUAAACAAAAUGUAUCAACUGAAGACAUUAAAUGGGCAAAGGAAAAUUUUCAAAGUUUGAUGGAAAGAUCAGAAGCAGUAAUUAGGUCAAAAGUAAAUAAUAUAAUACUUGGAAAAUCAAAAAGAAAUUAAACUUGGAUAAGCCUUAUUGAGAAACAUCUAUGAUGUAGAAGACUAUGUCUGCUUGAGGAUAGGGGUGAUGGGGGGCACACGUGUUUAAAAACAUCUCUUAUUUAAUAUUAAAUGGAUGAUCGAGUAUUUUUGUAGUCAGAACAAAACUUUUUCUCAUGUUUUUGUGACACCAUAAUUUUUCGUAUUUGAACAGUCUUAUUUGUUAUGCCAAGGGAAAAUUUGUUAUUGUUAUUGGAGCAUUUAUUACUUUUUUAUACCUUAUGAAUAAGGAAGCAAUGAUUAUUUUAUGCCCCAAAAGGAUGGCAAAUAGUAAUCGCCCCAUCCUUUUGUCCAUUUAACUUGACACUUCAUGCAACCUCAUAGCAUUAUUUAACUUAUCAAGUACUUGAUCCCUGUAAGAUAUUGAGUCAGUAGAUCAAAAGGUCAAGGUCACUGUGACCUAAAAUGUGAAAAUCAUCUCUAUAUGAUAACUAGAGUUUCUUUUUAUCAACACUCUUCAAACUUCAUAGGAUGAUUGUUCAAAGACAGGUGAUAAUCCCUAUUGCUUUUUGGGUCAGUAGGUCAAAAAUGUCAUGGUCACAGUGGCCUGUAAUGUUGAAAUUCCUUCUGUGGUAUAACUUGACUUUUGUAAUACUCAAAGUCUCAAAACUUCAUAACUCAAUAUGUGUCAGUGAAUAGAAGUUUUCCCAUUGUUUUUGGUAGUCUAAUAGGACAAAGGUCCAGGGGGGUAUGUCAGUUCUCAAAGAGAUGCCUCGUUAUACCUAAAAUGAAAAAAAUGUCAACAAUUGAACCAGUCAUGUAUCAUUGACAAUUAAUACUUAUUUUUAAUCAUUGAAAUGAUCCUAAAUUUAACUUUAUAGUAACCAUAAAUAAAUCAAGGAAAUCAGUAAAGUACUUUGAGUUAUAUUUGAAACAAAUUAAGAGGAUAAAAUAGUAAUUUAGUAAUUUAAGAAUAUCAGUAAAUUAUUUGGAUGAUAUCAAUAAAAAGAUCUCUGUAUAUCAUUUAUUCAAUAAUUGAUAAUAUUAUAGAUAUACAUUAAUUUGAAAUAUUUUCUAAUUUCUAAUAAAUUUAAAGUUUUGGCUAUAAAACUUCAGAAUAGUCAAAGUCUGUACCAUUUUGUGAUAAUAUUUGAUUUUUCUUUUUAAAUUUUGAAAUCCCUAUGUAUUUUCUGAAAUUCUCUUUUACACUGAAUUCAAGUUAUCUUGAAAAUUUAAAUAGAUAUUCAGUAUACAUAUUUUUUAUAUUAUUAAAUCAUUUCAAAAUAUUGUGAACACAUCAAUGGAAUUUGAAUUCUACAUAAAUUCUUUUAAGGGUAUAAACAAUCAUUUCAUCAUUGUUGAAAGAUAAGAAUUUUGGGAUAGCUUUAAAGAAAGAAUUAGUUAAGAAUGCAGAUAUAUUAUAACAUCAAGAAGGAUAUCAUAAAAGCAUAUUUAAUAAGUUAUACAAAGAAUAUUCAUUUUGUGUUUCUAACACUUAAAGUGAUAACAUGAUAAAAAUCUUGGGAAAUAAGUAAAUCAUUAGAACUGGGCAGGUUGAUUUACAUGAUACUCAUGUUUUUUUUCUAUUUCAUAUUCUAUUUUCAAAGACAGUCAUUUCUUUAUAAUUGUUAUCAUGAUUAUUGUUUCACUUCUUGGAAACAAAUGCCAUUUCACUUGCAACAGUGAUGAAAAAUUAAACAGUAAUUGGGAGUUUUAAACUCUACAAUUCAUUUUAGCAGACGAAACUGAUAACUGUUUGUUCAGCCUCAUAAAUUAUGUGUAGUGUUGAUUAAAGAAUAUUUAGUUUCCUUACUGAAGUUACUCAUGUUAAUCAAAG